UCUUCUAAUUUCCUGGUGUCGCAUUCAUUUCUCUCCCCAAAAUGGCGAACGUUGCUGCUGCUGCCGCCGCCGCUGCUGCAGCCGCAGCUGCUGCCGCGAGUAGAGAUCCAGCCGUUGAUCGGUCGCUACGAUCAGUGUUCGUGGGAAACAUUCCGUAUGAAGCCACAGAAGAACAGCUGAAAGACAUCUUUUCUGAAGUUGGACUUGUUGUCAGCUUCAGGUUAGUAUAUGACAGGGAGACUGGAAAGCCAAAAGGAUAUGGUUUCUGUGAAUAUCAAGACCAGGAAACGGCCCUCAGUGCCAUGCGGAACCUGAAUGGGAGAGAGUUCAGUGGUCGGGCUCUCCGUGUUGACAACGCAGCCAGUGAGAAAAACAAGGAAGAGCUCAAAAGUUUGGGAACAGGAGCCCCCAUUAUUGAAUCUCCUUAUGGAGAUACUGUCCAACCAGAAGAGGCCCCAGAGUCCAUCAGCAGAGCCGUGGCCAGUCUGCCACCAGAGCAGAUGUUUGAACUUAUGAAACAGAUGAAGCUGUGUGUGCAAAACAGUCCCCAGGAGGCAAGGAACAUGCUGCUGCAGAACCCUCAGCUGGCCUAUGCUCUGUUACAGGCCCAAGUGGUCAUGCGGAUUGUCGACCCUGAGAUCGCUUUGAAAAUGCUCCAUCGCCAAACUGCAGUCCAGCCUCUGGUUUCCAGUGGACAGGGUGCAGGAGCACCACCAGUCAAUCCUCCUGCUGCACAGCCCAGUGCACCAGUGUCUCAGCCACAACCUGUGCCUGGAAUGCAUGUCAAUGGAGCACCACAGAUGAUGCAGCCCCCAGCUAUGGGUGUUGUCCCUGGACCGAUGCCUGGACCUGGACCUGGACCUGGAGCAGGACCUGUUGGACCUCCAGGCUCAGGAAACCUUCAGCAUUCUCCCACAGGAUCGUCUGGUCAAGCUGCUAUCGAGCGGCCUCAAGGACCAGGCGGUAUCCCCCCCAGAGGCCUGCUGGGAGACGGUCCCAAUGAUCCCAGAGGAGGGACUCUGCUGUCUGUCACCGGAGAGGUCAUAGAUCCCAACCGGGGCUACAUGGGAGCUCCACCACCACACCAAGCUCCACCUGUACACAUGUCCCAGAUGGCCAGCGGACCCCCUCCGGACAUGAGAGGGCCUGCGAUGGACAUGAGAGGCCCGCCCAUGGGUGAAGCACGAAACAUGAUGGGUGACCCCAGAGGGCCCCCGAUGAUGGAGCAGCGGGGCCCGCCUAUUGAAACCAGAGGCCGUGACCCGAGGGCGAUGGACACCCGUGGACCAGUGGCGGGUCAGAGGGUUCCCAUAGCAGCAGGAAUGCCAGGCCCUGUCCCGCAUAGCAUGGGUCCAAACGCCCCUCCACCUGCAAGACCGGGUCCUGGUAUUUCUGGUGUUCCCCCUUCAGGAGGAGGCUUCAGUCCAGGUCAGAGUCAGGUCUCCACACAGGAUCAGGAGAAGGCCGCCCUGAUCAUGCAGGUCCUACAGCUGACCCCAGAACAGAUCGCCAUGUUACCCCCGGAGCAGCGGCAGAGCAUCCUCAUCCUCAAAGAGCAGAUUCAGAAGACUGCCAGCGGUGCCCCUUGAUAGUCUGACAGAAAUCUAAACAGCAGAGGACUUGCAGUCUGCCCCUCCCUGACUCAGCUGCUUGGACAAGUCUGAAGACGUCUCAUCGUAGUUCAGAAUAUUGUAUAGUUUUUUCCCCCCCAUAUUGUGUUUUGUACGAGAGCCUAAGGUGGGUAAAAGUGGAUUCAAAACUAGGUGAAACUUUUGUUAGGAUGAUGUGAAGGCGUAGCAAAAAUGGCGUGAGGUUUCAUGUUUUUCCUCCAAACCAAAUGCUGUCAUGUCGUAGCUCUGGAAACCGGUUUUGUCAAUAAAACAAGAAUACCUUGA